AUUAAACGCUUUUCCUCAAAUAUACAAUCUAGAAUCACUUUAUAUGCUUAAAAUGGUUCUUAAAUAAGCUGAAAUAAAAAACUCCAUUACGAAGAAGGCUAUGAAUAGAAAAGAUGUAGAAUGUUCUUCUUCAGUAUGUCAGUCAAGUCUUUUACUUGGCACUCGAAAAAAAUACGACACUAAAAACUUAUACUAGUAUGAUGAAUAUUAUUUCAUUUUUUCUUCACUAUUUAAAUAAAAAAAACUCACUAAUAAAAUUCCUUCAUAAUUACUUUCUUUUAUAUACAGCCUGUUUUAAAUCCUACGGCUAGGCGGCUGGGCAAAGGUCUCCACCUUUCUUUUCCAAACCUCUCUAUGUUUUACGACUAUACUUAAGCUUUUAAUGACUAUACUUACAUAAAAUUAUUUCAAUAGGUUACAGUAAUCUAUUGAAAUAAUUUGUACGUAGUAUAAUAGAAUAAAAUAAGACAUAAAGAGUUCAGAAAAUCAUGGUGUCUAGGCAGAUAUCAAUCAUUGGACAAUAGGUCCGAACUACUAAAACUACCAUUGUCGACUACUUUGUCAACAUUGAGUCAUAAACCGUCACUCACUCUACCUUCCUUCCGUCCCGUCAGUCAGUCAAUGAGUUAAGUUCUGUGGUGAUGUUUCUUUUUAAGUUUUUAUUUACAUGACAAAACCUUAUGUUUCUUUCUAUAAUUUUGUGUUAUUUAUUUACUGACGGGUUUAUUUUAAGCAAGUGAAUUAUGAAUUUGUUCAGAAGUCAUAAAAAGUGAAUGUAGUUGAAUUGUUUUUGUGUUUUGUGAUUUCAACAUAAUGAAGUUGUACGAUCGGAGGCGACGCGAUGCUGCAAAACUAGCAGCAUGGUGUGUCGCGCUAGCGGCGUGGGCGGCGUCAUCGUCAGGAGCCCGCGCCGCCGGCCCGCUCGGCCCCUCCGACCGGCCCGAGGCCUACUUCAAUGGCAGCUCCUACAUUAGGCUUUCCAGGCCUAUAUCACUUAAACAACUCGUUGGACUCAGCUUCCGGACAUGUGUUGGUGGCGAGCUGUUCUCGCAGCGGUUCGAGGGCUACACGCUGCACGUGACGGCGCUGUUCGAGCAGGUGCUGGUGUCGUGGGCGCGGCCCUCGCAGCCGCACCGCGAGGUCGGGCUCGCCAAGGAGACGCUCGACAACCGCUGGCACUGGGUCGGCCUGCGCUACAACUCCGACCCGCCCUCGCUGCUGCUUGAAGUCGAUAAGGACACACAGAUCAUCUCGAACGUGACGUGGAACCCGGAGCUGCUGUCGCCGGGCGCGCUGGAGGCGGGCGGCGCGGUGCUGCUGGUGGGCAACGUGUUCAGCGGCUGCAUCCUCGAGGGCCCGCAGCUCGAGUUCCACGCCGCCGGCGCGCAGGUCCGCAACGUCGUGUUCGGCCACUGCCCGCUCACCACCGAUCAAUGUAUUGACAGAAAGGACGUGCUGCGCAUACAGCCGAAAGACCACUGUUACAACGAGCCGUGUAUGAGGCACGGCACCUGCAUAUCGCGACAUGACAGAUACGAGUGCCACUGCUCGGCGCGCUACACGGGCAACAACUGCGAGGUGGACGCGGGCGACCCGUGCGCGUCCGCGCCCUGCCAGCACGCCGGCCGCUGCCGCGAGGACGCGCGCGGCGACUACGUCUGCGACUGCCCGCACAACUAUCACGGUACAUUCUGCGAGCUGGAGGUGUCGCUGGACCCGCAGUGCGUGGCGGGCCCGUGCCGCAACAACGGCAGCUGCAGCGUGCCGCCCGGCGCCGACAGCUACGUGUGCGCCUGCCCGCCCGGUUACACGGGUCGCAACUGCGAGACGGACGUGGACGAGUGCGCGAGCACGCCCGGCGCCUGCCUCAACGGCGGCCGCUGUCAGGACGCCGUCAACAACUUCACCUGCGACUGCAGCGGCACUGGCUACACGGGCGCCCGCUGCGAGCUCAAUGUUAACGAGUGCGAGGAGGAUCGGAACAUCUGCGGGCACGGCGUGUGCUACGACACGUACGGCGGCUACGUGUGCGCGUGCCAGCUCGGAUACAAGGGCGAGCGGUGCAAUAACGUGUCCGCGUGCGCGUCGGGCCCGUGCGGCGCGGGCGGCGCGUGCGUGGAGGAGAGCGGCGGCGCCGGCUUCCGCUGCGUGUGCGCGCGCGGCUUCGCGCCGCCCUACUGCGCGCCCGCGCCGCACCCCGCCGCCUGCCCCGACCUCGUGUGUCCGCCGCGCUCGCACUGUAUCCCCAACAUGAUGAUCACGGGGGUCAUCGCUAAGCAAGUCAUGUGCGUCUGCGACGUCGGAUACUACGGCGCGCCGGGCGUGUCCCCCAACUGCUCGAGCCUGGAGUCCGUGUGCGAGGCGGGCGCCUGCCUCAACGGCGCCACGUGCUCGCUGGCCGCCGACCACUUCAACUGCACCUGCGCGCCCGGAUACAAGGGCGUGUACUGCGAGCAGGCGGCGGGCAAGGCGCUGUCCGACCUCAAGGCGGCCGAGCGCUGCGCCAGCGGGCCCUGUCUGCACGCCAAGACCUGCCAGGACCUCGCGAGCGGGUUCCGGUGCGAGUGUGAGAGCGGCUGGACGGGGGCGCGCUGCGACGUGAGCGCGAGCGGGGGAGGGGGCGCGGCGGGCGGCGGGGGCGCGGGGGGCGCGCCUGAGUCCUGCGCCGCGCGCGGCUGCGCCAACGGCGGCGUGUGCCGCGAGUCGGGCGAGUGCGAGUGCCGCGCGGGCUGGGCGGGCGCGGCCUGCGAGCUGGCGGCCGACUGCCGCGCCGCGCCCUGCGCGCCCCACCACGAGUGCGUGGAGGCCGCGCCCGCCUGGCGCUGCGCCCCCGCCGCGCCCGACUCCGCCUGCGCGUCCUCGCCCUGCCACAACGGCACCUGUCUGGCGCUCGACACCGGCCUCUUCCGCUGCCAGUGCCCGCCCGGCAAUAACGGUCGUCUAUGCGAGCUGGACAUCGACGAGUGUGCUAUUAUGCCGAAAAUAUGUAACCAUGGCGUAUGCUUGAAUGUGCCCGGCUCGUACGAGUGUUAUUGCAGGCCUGGGUAUACGGGCGACAGCUGUGAACAAGACAUCGAUGAGUGUUUGUCGUCGCCGUGCAAAAACGGCGGUACGUGCCAGAACCUGGAGAACAACUACGAGUGCACUUGUAUGGAAGGCUUCGAAGGCAAAGACUGUUCGACUAAUAUAAACGAAUGCGAGAAGAACCCGUGCGCGGCGGGCUCGACCUGCGUGGACGGUAUCGCGAGCUACUCGUGCGUGUGCCAGGACGGACUGACUGGACCUAAUUGCGAGAUAGACAUUGACGACUGUGAGUCGCAGCCGUGCCAGCACGGCGGGCGCUGCGUGGACGGGCUCAACAGCUACAGCUGCGACUGCGGCGGCACCGGCUUCUCCGGCGAGGACUGCUCCGUCAACAUCGACGAGUGCGCGCCGCAGCCCUGCCGCCACGGCGGGACCUGCGUCGACGACGUCAACGACUACCACUGCAACUGCUACGCCGCCUACACCGGAAAGAAUUGUGAGCUGGACAUCAACGAGUGCGAGAGCGAGCCGUGCAAGUACGGCGGCGUGUGCCUGGAGCGGUCCAACGCCAGCCUGUACCUGGCGGCCGACGCGCCGCACGUGCAGGUCGGCCCGCAGCCGCAGAUGCUGCUGCCGCCCGUCUUCUACCAGCCCUUCUCGCUAGAGACUGCCAGCGGUUUCGAGUGCGUGUGCGUGCUGGGCACGACCGGUUCGCGCUGCGAAGUGAACAUCGACGAGUGCGCGUCGUCGCCCUGCGAGAACGGCAAGUGCAUCGACGGCAUCGGCGGGUACACGUGCGACUGCUUCGCCGGCUACGAGGGCGAGCACUGCGAGAUCGAGAUCGACGAGUGCCAGAGGUACGAGCCCUGCGCGCACGGCAAGUGCUUCGACGGUCGCGCGUCGUACUUCUGCCUGUGCGCGACGGGCUGGGGGGGGCAGAACUGCUCCGUGGUGUUGCAGGGCUGCCGCGACGCGCCCUGCCGGAACAACGGCACGUGCAAGCCCUGGCUGCGCGACGAGACCGAACACCGCUUCAACUGCUCCUGCACGCACGGGCACUACGGGACCACCUGCGAGAAGAUAACAACAAUGUCGUUAGAGAAGAGCAGCUUCGCGGAGGUGAACACGUCUCGCGAGGAAGGAUAUGACAUCUCGUUCCGGUUCAAGACCACUCUGGGCAGUGGCCUUUUGGCUAUGGGACGCGGACUCACCUACUUCUUCCUAGAACUUUCUAACGGAAGACUCAACCUUCACUCCAGCCUGCUCAAUAAGUGGGAGGGAGUAUUCAUCGGUUCCAGCCUCAAUGAUAGUAACUGGCAAAAGGUGUUCGUGACCAUCAACUCGUCGCACCUGGUGUUGGCGGCCAACGAGGAGCAGACCAUCUACCCUAUCAGCCAGAACGAGGCGUACAACUCGUCCGUGACGUCGUUCCCGUCCACGCGGCUGGGCACGGCCGGCUCGUCGUACGCCACGCUCACGCACGGACCCAACUUCUUCGUGGGCUGCUUCCAGGACGUCGUCGUCAACGGGCAGUGGGUGCUGCCGGAGGACGCCAACGCCACGGAGCGGGCCGACAGCGGCGCCGCGGCCGAGGGCGCGGAGGACGAGGGGCUGGCGGCGCGGGCCGUGCUGCGCGGCGUGCGGCCCUCCUGCCCGCGCACGCCGCAGUGCGCGCCCAACCCCUGCCGCUCGGGCGGCGCCUGCGAGGACGCGUGGACCAGCUUCGUGUGCACGUGUCCGCGGCCGCACCUGGGCGGCACGUGCCAGUACAACUACACGGCGGCCACGUUCGGGCACGAGGCGGCGCGGCCGCGGGCCGUCGUGCGCGUGGCCGUGGACGAGCGCGCGCGCCGGGCCGUGCGCGCCGCGCUCGACAUCUCCAUGUUCAUCCGCACGCGCAAGCCCACCGGACAGAUCUUCUACCUCGGCUCGCUGCCACGCUACGGGCAGACGGACGAGACCCAGGUGGGCGCGUCGUUGGAGGGCGGCGAGCUGCUGGUGCACCUGCGCUUCAACCAGACGCCGGAGAACUACACCGUGGGCGGGACACGCCUGGACAACGGAUACCUGCACCUCAUAGAGGUUGUGAGGAACUCAACAUUGGUGCAAGUGAAGUUAAACGGCACGGAAUACUUCCGAAAAUCUAUAUCAGCGGCUAAACAGAUCGAUGCUCAGGUGCUAUAUUUGGGCGGGCCGCCGCCGGCGCCCACGCCGCCUACUGUGGCGGGCCCCAGCGCGGGCGAGGCGGGCCCCGGCGCGGCGGGCCCCAGCACCGCUCCCGCGCCCUCCGCGCCCCCCGCGCCCUCUUCGCCUACGCUCGCGCCCGAGCCCGACGAUUCCGCCUACUUCAAGGGCGUCAUCCAGGACGUUCAGAUCUCGAACGGCGUGAACGUGACGAUCGUGGAGUUCUUCCCGCUGCGCGUGGAGGGCCUGCAGCUGCCGCCGCCCUUCGGCGAGGUGUUCCUGGAGCCGGGCGGGGUGCUGCGCGGCGCCGUGAGCGACGACCUGUGCGCCUCGCGGCCCUGCCUGCACAACGCGACCUGCGCCAACACCUGGAACGACUACACGUGUCAGUGCCCCCGCGGCUACAAGGGUAAGCAGUGCUCGGAGGUGGAGUUCUGUCAGCUGCAGGGGUGUCCUCUCAACUCGCACUGCCGGAACUUGGACGCGGGGUAUGAAUGUGUUUCCAACGCGACAUUCGACGGCGUGAACACGACCCUCACGUACAAGCUGCGCGUGCCCAGGACUGUUAGUAUCGCUACCGAUGAGGACUUGGAGCUGCCAGAGACCCUUACCAUUACCUACAGGAGUAAGACGGGUGGCACGCUGUUCCACGCGGAGAGCGCGGGCGGGGCGGGGGCGGGGGCGGAGGGGGCGUGGUUCACGGUGGGCGUGUUCAAGGAGCAGGUGGCGCUGCAGUGGCGCCUGGCGCGGGAGCCGCUGCCCGCGCUGCGCCGCAUGCGGGCCGCCACGCACCUCACCUGGACCACGCUGCGGUUCAGCUUCGCCAACAACCAGCUGCGCGGAGCCUUUAUUGAUCCGAGCGGGCACGAGGAGGUGGGUCUGACGGCCAGCGUGGACACGCGCGCCUGGCAGCAGCUGGUCAUGGAGGGCCGCAUCCACCUGGGCGGCAUCGGACACGCCGCGCCGCUGCCCACCACCACCGCACUCGCGGAGAUGUCGACGGAGCCCAGUGUGUGGGAGUAUUCGGAGGGCGAGGAAGUGACUGGUGAUAACCUAGCCGGAGAGUACUUUAAGGGCUGCAUGGGCGCGGUGCACGUGGGCGGGCUGCUGCUGCCCUUCUUCACGGAGGAGGAGCUGUUCGUGGGCGCCACCGCCGCGCUGCUGGCCGCGCAGCCGCACUACGCGCUGCUGGCGGGGCGCGCGUGGGGCGGCGCGGCGGGCGUGGGCUGCGUGCUGUGUCUGGAGCGGGACUGCGCUAGCGGCGGCCACUGCGCCGACGUGCGCUCGUCCUACUCCUGCGCCUGCCCGCCCGGCUACAGCGGGGACUACUGCCAGAUCGACGUGGACGAGUGCGCGUCGCAUCAGUGCCAGAACGGUGCCACCUGCAAGGACGGCAUCGCCGCCUACACCUGCAUCUGUCCUGUGGGCUUCGACGGGGACUUCUGCGAGCACGACAUCGACGAGUGCGAGUCCGCGCCGUGCCUGCACGGGGGCACGUGUCGCGACGCGGCGGGCGCCUUCUCCUGCGCAUGCGCGGCGGCCUGGCGCGGGCCCACCUGCGCCGCGCCCCGCACCCGCGCCUGCGCGCACCGGCCCUGCGCGCCGCACGCCGCCGCCUGCCGGGACCUGCCGCCCGGUAACACACACCCCACACCACACGCCGCCGCCUGCCGGGACCUGCCGCCCGGCCUGCCGGACCUGCCGCCCGGUAACACACACCCCACACCACACGCCGCCGCCUGCCGGGACCUGCCGCCCGGUAACACACACCCCACACCACACGCCGCCGCCUGCCGGGACCUGCCGCCCGGUAACACACACCCCACACCACACGCCGCCGCCUGCCGGGACCUGCCGCCCGGUAACACACACCCCACACCACACGCCGCCGCCUGCCGGGACCUGCCGCCCGGUAACACACACCCCACACCACACGCCGCCGCCUGCCGGGACCUGCCGCCCGGUAACACACACCCCACACCACACGCCGCCGCCUGCCGGGACCUGCCGCCCGGUAACACACACCCCACACCACACGCCGCCGCCUGCCGGGACCUGCCGCCCGAUCCGCCGACCGGCAACAACUUCACGUGCGUGUGUCGCGAGGGCUUCGAGGGCGUUUACUGUGAGUUCGCCUUCUGCGAGGUUACACCCUGCGUGCACGGCACCUGCGUCAACGACUCCACGUCGGCGUCGUGCGAGUGCAUGGCGGGCUGGGGCGGGCGGCUGUGCAGCGAGGAGCGGGACGAGUGCGCGGAGGCGGGCGCGGCCGCCUGCCUGCACGGCGGCCGCUGUCUGCCCGCCGCGCAGGACAUCCUGUGCGACUGCGAGAACACCGGAUGGACGGGCGCGCGCUGUGAGGUGGACGUGGACGAGUGCGCGGCCGGCCUCGUCAACUGCGGGCCCGGGGACUGCCUCAACCUGAAUGGCUCCUACACAUGCUUGUGUGCGGCCGGGUUCUGCGGCAACGAGUGCUCGCUGCAGGACCCGUGCUACGCGGGCGGCGCCAACAGCUCGGGGCCCUGCCUGCACGGGGCCCGCUGCUCGCAGCGCUGCGCCGCCACCACGGACUACGAGUGCCACUGCGCGGCCGGCUGGGGCGGCAAGAACUGCUCGCAGCAGCUGGCGGCGGGCGCGGAGGCGGCGGGCGGGGGCGCGCCGCCCGGCGUGCUCAUCGGCGUGGGCGCGGCGCUGCUGGCGCUGGCGCUGGGCGGGGGCGCGCUGGCCGCGCUGGGGGCGCAGGCGCGCCGCAAGCGGGCCACGCGCGGGACCUACUCGCCCUCCGGACAGGAGUACUGCAACCCGCGCGCAGAGAUGAUGCAACACGCGCUCAAGCCGCCGCCCGAGGAGCGCCUCAUCUAGUAUCUGGAAGCAAAUAAAUGAAAUCGAACAAAACGAAACAAACCGUGUAAGGAGAAAAUAUGGAAAUCAUCGCAUAUCAACCAAAUGUUUGUUCGUGUAAUUAUGAGUGCAUGUGUGUAUGAGUCGUCUAUGUGUGCUUGAGUGUUUAAGUUUGUACCUGUACGUGUUUUUAUACAUUUUAACAGCGUGAAUGUGUGCGUGUGUUAGUUUUAACGUAGCUUUAAGUUGUACGGUGAUACCCGAUAUGUAUGUACUUAACAGUAUACCAGACUAUACGAAUUAUUGUAAUAUUGUGAUCGCCGCGGCGCGUGUCGCCGGCCGGAGAGCAGGUUUAUACUCAGCAUGCAUGUUAUAUACACGCGACUGUUUUGAUAUCGAUAUACAAGGCGCAGUAGCCGGCGCCGGCGACAGUGGCUCCCUCACGGUAGUAAACCUAAUUUGAUGUACAUUUUUUAUAAAAAUGACAAAUUUAUAUAUACAGACUAAAGUAGUUGUUAAUGAUAAGAGCUCAUUUAUAUUGAUAUGAAUACGACGUUGGACUCGACGUAAGAGUUGUUUAUACUUGUAAUUAAGUGAUAAAUUUAGUGAAUAUUAAGUUGAUAAAGCAGUGCCUGACUUUAAGGAAGUUUCGAAUUUUUACAUAAUCUAAAGUUUUGUAAGGCAAGUCAUGAGUACAUUAUGUGAGUAUUGCAUGACACUGGUCGUACUUAGUAUUCUGAUAUUGAUGAAAUAAUAAAUAAAAUGGAAACUGGAAUUAAUGAAAUUAUGCGUAAUAGUGGGACGCUGACGAUUGUGUACUUAAUUGAAAAUGAUGUAGAUAAGAUAUAUUUAUUACAGUAUAGGAUGGGACGCGUCCUGUGACGGUCGGAGUUAGUUCAUAGGUAGCGAGUAAGCGGCCGCGCCCGUGACCAGCCGCUAUCGCCACGCAACACAACACCCUAACACUCUGAAAGCCUUUGGCUGUAAAGCUUUUAGUUCACAACAUUAUUGAGCGAUUGAUAUAUUUUGUGUAUUUUGAAUCAACAUAGUAAGGUGGGUCACGAGCGCGAGCUCGGCGCCGGUCACUGGCGGGACCCGCCUGCACUUGUAACACAAUAUAUUAGGAAACGUAUUUACGUGCAAUUUAUCAACUUGUAAUGAUGUUUACCAUCAUAAGGCAUCCGUGUGGAGUCCCGCUCAGUGGUCACGUCGCGUAUAGUUUUAGCAUUCGACGUAGGUUAAGAGGAAGAGAAAGCGUGCAAGAUUCUAAAUUAGUCUAUAGUAAAGACGAGCGUCGUCCGCCAGAGGGUCGUGCACUCGGCCGCGCCCGUCGCUCUACUAAUUAGUUAUAAUUUUUGCAACACCUAGGUUAGGCAGCUCUUUAUUUAUCAGACAGUAGUCACACUCGUAUCAUAGGAUAAUGUAUCGAAAUAUAUAACGAUGUAAUGUACAGUAGCUAUAACGCGCGAGCGUCCCGAGUGCAGCUGACUGCGGCGCGCCGUCCGUGCCUUAAACAUAAGUCUGUAUAUUUAUGAGCUGUUUACAAGAGUGUAACGACGGUAUUCAAUGCUAAACAAGACAUAUUUAUAUACUACGUAGGCCAUAAGUACAUGUAAUGUAAGUAUAUCAUAUAGGUAGUGUCUGCCGCGCGCUCUGUUCGCGGAUACUUACUCUGUGCUCAACUCGCUGUCCAGUGCAGCCUUAUACAUUAUUAGUUUUCAUUUUGUUGCAUUAUUUAUAAGAGGUUAAGCUAAAAUGUAUUGUGUUUAAUAUUUCAUUUUGUGAUAACUUUUUAGAUGUUGCAUGCAGUUUAUAUAUUGACUUUUUAUGUGUAUUUUUUUUUCUUUUAUUUGUACAUACAUAGUCAAAUCAGUGUUUAUAGAUUUUGGCCGUCCGUUAAAUGUAUUCAAUUCUACUGUACAGUAAGUGUCUAGGUACCUUUUUUAUUAAUCUAUUGUACAUUUUGUAUUAGUCAAAGUACACAGACUAGUUUGUGUAAUAAGUAAUAGCGGGAUGAAUAUAAAAUGAUCACUGGUACUCUAUUUAUACCUGAUUAACGUAGAUAAUUUAAAAAUUGUACUAUAUAUAUUUUCUUAUUAGAAGCAGUCUCAAUCAAGUAACUAAUCUGCUCAGAUCUCAAGUUACGCGGUAAUUACCACAAUUAUUUAUAUUGAGGGUCCCUGCCCCGUAGUGUCCUACACGCUGUUUGCAUCGUAUGUACAGCACCCGAGCCUAUUGGCGUUACUCAAUAAACAAAUAAUACUGUAUAA